AUGGUACGCAUUGAUAAGCGUUCAGAUGCCAACGUUAGAGUAUUAUGUAUUGGCGAUUCGUUAUUACUUAGUCGGCACAUUAUGGAAUUGGAGAUCGUUCUUUUUCGACCUUUAAAUCCAUGCAGCUUAGAACCAAAAUCUGUUUCUUCGCUUCCUUGUAUCGUACCAACUCGAAGGAAACGAACUUCUGUUUUAAGCAAUAUCACAUCUUUUGAUACGUCUGCAUCACGGAGAGUGACCCAUGCCAUAGAAACAAUUGGAAACAGUGGAAUUAUGGGAAACAGUACCUUGCAACUUAGUCAACAAGAUGAUAACUCUUUAGUGAAACCACCAUUGUUUUUUGACAGCUCAGUUUGCUUAUUUCUAGACAGAGAAAACAAAACCGACUACGCAACUAUUGGACGUUACACAACGGACAAUAAAGGAAUUCAGCACAAACCACAUGCGGUGGUUAUAGGUAAUGAAUCUAUUUCACAUGCUUAUUGCACAUACAACGUUGAUUUGUUGGAUGCUGCCCAGGAGGUUGAGGAAUUAUAUCGUGGACCAGAAGGGGAAACAAUCAUUACUCAAGAUUCUAUUCAAGAGGGGACAGUAGCAGUGAAUAACGGAGUUAUGAUGGCUGCAGGGGACGGUGUGUUCAUUUCAUUCAAACGAAUUAACAUGUGCACCGGACUUCUCAUUAGCGCAACCCUCUUUAGUAUGGAUUCGACACUGGGAAACGGGCCUAUUCCUUAUUAUAUGGUCCGCAAGCCUAAAUCUUCAAUACCAUUAUGUCUAGUCCCACUUAAGGUUUCCUUUGAUCAUUACAAAAGUGUAAUUUCUAUUAUGAUUCGAAAAUUUAAAAAUCGUGGUGAAACACUUUGGGAACUUGUGAAUGUAUCUGAACCAUUGACCCACGAAAAUGUAAAGAAUAUUAUAUCUACAAUGGAGAAACGUGGGCUUUCUGAUCCUGUUGAUUAUCAGCGUGAUUUUGAUACGCUUGGCCUAGAGGGAGCAUUUGAAAGAACGGUGAGUGGCAUGGAAACUUAUUCCCAAGACGAAGAUGAAGACGAAAAUAUAAAGGAAGAUAAGGAGGAUGCACAAUCUGUUAAUUCACAUGAGUUCAAUGAUUUGCUUGCUAAUAUUCCACAUGUAGUGCGUGAGGGCCGCAAGCAAUAUAACGUCGGACGCUCGAAUAUCCACACUUCUCUAGUUGAAGACCCCAGUUCUGAAGAUGAUGCGAUAAUCGAUGAUGCUUUGCGUGCAGUAGUACCACAGUAUACCAACAAUAGUGUUGUUCGGUACGAAUAUGGCGCUUAUAAUGUUGGUUCGAAAGUUGAAACGUUGGUGUCUCACUACGUCAGCCACAGAAAGGAAUACGGAUUGAAAGCAGCCAUGAGCGGCGGUGCUCGGGAUACCAGUAAGGCGCAAUGUUUAUUUGUUAGCAGCGCCUUUAACACUCCAGCCGUGCGCCGUUUCAGCACUGAAAGUGGUCAACGACGACCUUCUAUUCCUAUCGAGAUGCAGACCAGACCAUCGAUCCAUAUAAGGGAAAAACAUAAGGGUGGGUGGAAUCCCCAACAUCGAGGUACAUUAAGCAACUCAAAAAGAGCAACACUCCACGACUAUUUACUGACUACUUCCAUGAGAAAAGGUAAAAAUAAAAAAGAUAAAAAUCGAAAGCAUAAAAAGUCAAGAUCGCCGGGCGUUCGCACAACUUCGGGAAGUCGGAGAUUACCUUCAAAACCUCGAGGUCGUGGGUCUUCAGCUAACAAAUCCCUUCAUACAAAAAAGCAAAAGGUAACAAACAGAUCAGAUGCAGUUCUUCAUGAACCGACCAAAGCUAGUGAUAUGUAA